UUCACAAUAUUUUUAAAGCAAUUGAGUUGGUAAUUUUUUAUGGGUUUAUCGUCUAAGCCCACCACUCCCAUUACUUUAAUAACCCCAUAACAGUUAACAACUUGCUGUUUGUGAGUCUAUAUUUAUCCAUUCUUAAGCCCUUUACAAAGGAAACCCGUUUUAUCAAAUCCUAUACCCAAAUGCAUUGGUUUCAAGAAGAAGAAGAAAAAAAUCCCCAUACCAACCGCAAAAAUCACCAACCAUCUUGCACCGCCGCUGCGCCGCCCAGCCACUCCACGCCGGCGACGCUUCUGGACCAGCUGGUGGCAUUAGAUUAUUCAGCACUAAGUGACUACUGUAUUCUUUCUUGCCUAGCCAGCCUGAAAGCAUUGGAAUAUAUAUAUUUAUCUGAUGACAACAACCCAAGUAAGAAUUCAUGAUAUGGAAGUUGAAGGAGAAGAAAGAUCAGAAAACGAUGGCUGGAAACCAAAAUAUGUUAAAGAAGCAAAAAUGCAACUACGGUUAGGAGGGCCUCUUAUAGCAGUUAGUUUGUUGCAGUACAGCUUACAAAUUGUUUCAGUGAUGUUCACUGGUCAUUUAGGAGAGCUGCCUCUUUCUGGUGCUUCCUUGGGAUCUUCCUUUGCUGCAGUCACUGGUUUCUAUGUCCUGCUAGGUAUGGGAAGCGCAUUAGAGACUCUAUGUGGACAAGCCUAUGGAGCAAAACAGUACCACAUGCUUGGUGUUCACACACAGCGAGCUAUACUAACCCUCCUAGCCUUAAGCAUUCCUCUAGCAAUAAUUUGGUAUAAUACAAGCACCAUUCUCAUACUUCUACACCAAAACCAUGAAAUAGCUACUGAAGCUGGAGUUUUCAAUCGUUGGAUGAUCCCAAGCCUUUUUGCCUAUGGUAUUCUUCAAUGCCUAAACAGAUUUUUACAAACACAAAACAACAUUAUUCCUAUGUUGAUAGGCUCUGGAUUCACAGCUUUGCUACAUGUUCUUGUGUGUUGGGUUCUUGUGUUUAAAAUCAAACUUGGGAUUAAAGGAGCUGCCUUGGCAAUUAACAUUUCUAAUUGGGUUAAUGUGCUUUUGUUUGCGAUUUAUGUAAGAUUCUCUCCAGCUUGCAAGAAAACUUGGACUGGGUUUUCAAAAGAAGCCUUGCAUGAUAUUCCCAGCUUCCUAAAGCUAGCAGUUCCUUCAGCAAUUAUGAUAUGCUUAGAAUAUUGGUCAUUUGAAAUGGUUGUUCUCUUAGCAGGACUUCUCCCAAAUCCAACACUGGAGACAUCGGUGUUAUCAAUAUGCCUGAACACAUGUUGGUUGGUUUAUAUGGUUUCUGUUGGUCUUGGUGGUACUAUAAGUACAAGAGUGUCAAAUGAAUUGGGUGCUGGGAGCCCAUAUGGUGCACGUUUGGCUCUUCGUGUGAUGAUCAUAGUUGCUCUCUCAGAGGGUACAAUAAUAGCAAUUACUACAAUUUUGGUGCGCAAUGUCUGGGGAAAGCUUUAUAGCAAAGAGGAAGAAGUUAUCAGAUACGUUGCUAAAAUGAUGCUACUGCUUGCAUUAUCAGACUUCUUGGAUGGAUUCCAAUGUGUUCUUUCAGGGGCUGCUAGAGGAUGUGGGUGGCAAAAUCUAUGUUCAUUUAUAAAUCUUGGUGCUUACUAUCUUGUCGGAAUUCCUUCUGCCGUGCUCUUUGCUUUCGUCUUCCAUUUUGGAGGCAAAGGGCUUUGGAUGGGCAUCAUAUGUGGACUUUCUGUUCAAGUUGUGGCACUUGUUAUAGUAAACUUACGAGCUGAUUGGAAAAAAGAGGCAAAUAAAGCUAUGCGUGGUGCUCAAAGAGGUGGCAGCGUAAUUGUUGAGGAAGAGGAACUAUAGAUUUGAUUUUCACUUUUCAUUACACACCAAGAAAAUAAAUUGUUGAUAAAUAAUUCUCUUUUUUGAGUAAUAAAAGGAAGUGCUUUACUUGUAAAAUAAAUAAAUAAAUUAUAGCUCUUGUUGAGAUUUAAAGUUUCAAGUUAGCUUA